UCGGUGCGUCGUGUACGUGGUUUUAUUUGUAGGUGUUUGGAUCAAGAUCCUUGAAUAUGUGAAGAGAACUGGUGUGGAAAUCGUUUUAGAAUCGAAUUCAUAAGUUUGGUGAGGCAAACAAGACGACGAAGUUGAGGAAAAUAAUUCAUGCAACCAUAGGAGCCCAGUGGAAACAUCCAAGGACUGGCAAGAAGAAAGCUGUGUCAGAAGGAUAUGGACAAUAUCAACAAAAGGGGUAUCAUCCAUGGUCUGCAGUUUGCAUCUUUCAUUGUGCAGAGCUAUGGGCUUGUGCUGGAUCUCUUAGUACUUGGGUUGCCCCGAGCCUCUGCAAUGGCUGGUCCUCCACAUUUGCCCAAUGACUUCCUUUCAUUCCAGGAUGUUGAGUCAGAAGUUGCACAUCACAUCAGACUCUGCUGUCGUUAUGUAGACAGAGUUCACAUAAUUUUUCAGGUUGACUGCUGAGGAGGCAAGUUAUUUCAUUCAGAGGUACCUGACAGAGCAUCCGAACCCAAACAAUGGAAACAUUGUUGGCUACAAUAACAAGAAGUGUUGGCCACGAGAUGCCAGAAUGAGGCUCAUGAAGCAUGAUGUGAAUCUUGGCCGUGCUGUGUUCUUGUACAUCAAGAACAGACUUCCACAAUCCACAACUAUUCAGUGGGAAAACAGCUUUGUCAGCGUCUACUCUAAGGACAAUCCAAAUUUAUUGUUCAACAUGAGCGGAUUUGAAUGCCGCAUUCUUCCCAAGUGUCGAACUACUCAUGAGGAAUUCACACAUCGGGAUGGUGUGUGGAAUCUCCAGAAUGAAUCAAAAGAGAGAACAGCCCAGUGUUUCAUACGUGUUGAUGAAGAAUCCGUGCAGCAUUUCCACAACAGAGUUCAGCACAUUCUCAUGGCUAGUGAUUCAACGACAUUCACAGAGUUUACAUUCUGCUUGGGGAGCAGAAAGAAAUUGACAUCUGCAAUUUUAAAUUUUUAUUGUGACAUGACACCUGAUGGCUGGAAUAAUGGAGCCAGAGGAGACGUCUGUUGCUAGGCAUUGGCUUGGUAAGCAAGUUCCUGUGGCAACGAAUAAACAAGCAACAGUAGAGGUAUAUUGUUGAGCUAUAACAAUGGAAACAGUUUUGUCUGUUGCAUCCGCCCCGAGGUUAUACACGUGUAACAAGGAUCCCAGGCCAGCUGAAGAAUAAUUGAGGGAGUCUCUUGAAUUGGCAGUGAAAGAUGCUUGAGAAGAGAUGGCAAGAAAGAAAUUGGGCUGUGAAAAGCAGACUUCAUGUGUGCUGCUGUUACAGUGAGACUGGUACAAUUACUGUGCUGAAAUCCACUGUCAGGAUACAACUAGAGAAGAUUGAGAACCCGAGUGUGUGACAGUGAACUGUAAAUUGUGUAUAUCAGUGAUAGUGCUGUAUUACAUAUAGUUAUUAGUUGAGUGCAAUAAAUCCAAUCUAAACCCCAUCUAAUGUCACACCUCUAAUUCUUGUGACGCUGUGUAGAGUG